GGCCGUUGCAAAACAAGUUCUAUGUUGUCUGUCUGUCUGUUUUCAUUAUUGUACAAAUAAGUAUAAUAUUCCAAAAACAGUGCGAAAUUUAGAAUAAUAUGGGUUUACUGUCUCUUCUUCGAAAAUUAAAAUCCGCUCCUGAUCGUGAGCUGAGAAUUUUGCUUUUAGGUCUAGAUAAUGCUGGAAAAACAACAAUUUUGAAAAAGCUUGCAUCUGAAGAUGUUACACAUAUUACUCCAACUCAGGGUUUCAAUAUAAAAAGUGUUCAGUCAGAAGGUUUUAAAUUAAAUGUAUGGGACAUAGGUGGUCAAAGAAAGAUUCGACCAUACUGGCGUAAUUACUUUGAAAAUACAGAUGUCUUGAUAUAUGUUAUUGACAGUGCUGAUAGGAAACGAUUUGAGGAAACAGGUGUGGAAUUAGCAGAACUGUUGGCUGAAGAAAAGUUAGCCGGUGUUCCAUUGCUUGUUUUUGCUAACAAACAAGAUUUAUUCAAUGCUGCUCCUGCCAGUGAAUUAGCAGAUGGAUUAAAUUUACCUGCCAUUCGUGAUCGUUCUUGGCAAAUACAGGCUUGUUCUGCACUGACUGGCGAAGCUUUAAAGGAAGGAUUGGAUUGGGUGUGCAAGAAUAUUAAAAAGAAAUAGUGUUUGUUUAUAUUUUUCAAAACCUAGUCAGAACUAAUGCAAUUCAUUGGUGAAUGAAGAUAGCACAUAAUUUAGUUUUCACAAGAUUUGUCUGUGAUAGGCUGGUAGCUUCACAAUGCCGUCCGCACCUGCAGCUUUAUAUUGUGCACUGCCAUACUAUAACAACUUUUAAUGUUAAGUAUUUAUUGUUGCACCAGCCAUAUCAUUUUAUCUCAUCUUUUUUAUGUGAAUGACGUAAAUAUUUUUGUCCACUUUGGUAAGUAUAUUUACAUACUCAAGCAAGCAAAAGCAUGUAAUAAAUAUGAAGUGGUGGCAUUUGAAGUCAAA